CAGAGUGCGACGGGCGCACUUUUUAAACCGCCUUCCGUAAAUAAACUUUUCAAACGACAAUUCUAAUCAAAAGUGUCGUUCUGACAACAACAACGUUUUUUUCCCGGCAGCCUGUGCUGUUUAAAAUGGAUAAAGUCACAGACACAUCACAUACUUGUAUCAAAGACGGCCCAUCAGGGUUAUCGAGCGACAGCAGUGAUGACGAGCCACUGGUCAAGAUCGCCUCCAAGAGUCCUCAGGUGACCAUGCUUCUGAAGGUGAUGGUGGAGCGGUGUCCGGUUAAGGAGUUUGGGAACAGGUGUAAAGGCACAGAGCUCCAUCUGCGGCUGGACCCCAGCGACUCAGACGAGGAAGCCGAAAGACAAAGGCGUAAACAGGACGGCAAAACAGGCUUUCGGAAAAUGGAGGAACGGGACAAAAGUGUUCUGGACAGUGCUGAUGAUGAAGAUGAUGUUCCUCUGGUGAACGUACUGAAGAAUCUAAAGGAUAAGAAACAGUCUGAGCAGACAGCAGGUCAGACCCUCAACUCUGAGGGUCAAACGCAAGACGAUGGAGACUCCUCAGAUGAUGAGCCCUCGUCCAAAGUAGCCAAGUCUCGUCAAGCAAAGAAAGCCUCGGCCAAUCAGAUCCAAUCUAGAAGUAUCCAUAGGGGGAACAGAACAGCAGUUCUGAACAGUUCUGAUGAUGAUGAGGAUGAUGAAGAUGAUGUACCUCUGGGGAACGUACUGAAGAAGCUAAAGGAGAAGAAAACUUCUGAGCAGACAGCAGGAGACUCCUCAGAUGAUGAGCCCUUGUCCAAAGUAGCUAGUUCUCGUGCAGCAAAGAAAGCUUCAGCCAAUCAGAACCGAUCUAAAAAAAUCCAUAUGCGUAAAACAGCAGUUCUGAAUAGUUCUGAUGAUGAAGAUGAUGCUCCUCUGGUGAACUUAACGAAGAAAACAACGGAGGAGAAACAGUCUGAGCAGACAGCAGGAGAUUCCUCAGAUGAUGAGCCCUUGUCCAAAGUAGCAAAAACUCGCUCAUCAAAGAAAGCCUCGGCCAAUAAGAACCGUUCUAGAAGCAUCAAUAUGGGGAAAAGAAGAGCAGUUCUGAACAGUUCUGAUGAUGAGGAUGAUGAAGAGUAUGUACCUCUGGGGAACGUACUGAAGAAGCUAAAGGGGGAGAAAACUUCUGAGCGGACUGCAGGUCAGAGCCUCAGUUCUGAGGCUCCACAGACACAACAUGAGGGAGACUCCUCAGAUGAUGAGCCCUUGUCCAAAGUAGCAAAGAAAGCUUCAGCCAAUCAAAACCGAUCUAAAAAAAUCCAUAUGCGUAAAACAGCAGUUCUGAAUAGUUCUGAUGAUGAAGAUGAUGCUCCUCUGGUGAACUUAACGAAGAAAACAACGGAGGAGAAACAGUCUGAGCAGACAGCAGGAGACUCCUCAGAUGAUGAGCCCUUGUCCAAAGUAGCAAUAACUCGCUCAUCAAAGAAAGCCUCGGCCAAUAAGAACCGUUCUAGAAGCAUCAAUAUGGGGAAAAGAAGAGCAGUUCUGAACAGUUCUGAUGAUGAGGAUGAUGAAGACGAUGAAGAUGAUGAAGAUGAUGUAGCUCUGGGGAACGUACUGAAGAAGCUAAAGGAGGAGAAACCUUCUGAGCGGACUGCAGGUCAGACCCUCAGUUCUGAGGCUCCACAGACACAACAUGAGGGAGACUCCUCAGAUGAUGAGCCCUUGUCCAAAGUAGCUAGUUCUCGUGCAGCAAAGAAAGCUUCAGCCAAUCAGAACCGAUCUAAAAAUAUCCAUAUGCGUAAAACAGCAGUUCUGAAUAGUUCUGAUGAUGAAGAUGAUGUUCCUCUGGUGAACUUAACGAAGAAGACAACGGAGGAGAAACAGUCUGAGCAGACAGCAGGAGACUCCUCAGAUGAUGAGCCCUUGUCCAAAGUAGCAAAAACUCGCUCAUCAAAGAAAGCCUCGGCCAAUAAGAACCGUUCUAGAAGCAUCAAUACGGGGAAAAGAAGAGCAGGGUUAUCGAGCGACGGCAGUGAUGACGAGCCACUGGUGAAGAUCGCCUCCAAGAGUCCUCAGGUGACCAUGCUUCUGAAGGUGAUGGUGGAGAGGUGUCCGGUUAAGGAGUUUGGGAACAGGUGUAAAGGCACAGUUCUGAACAGUUCUGAUGAUGAGGAUGAUGAAGAUGAUGUACCUCUGGGGAACGUACUGAAGAAGCUAAAGGGGGAGAAAACUUCUGAGCGGACUGCAGGUCAGAGCCUCAGUUCUGAGGCUUCACAGACACAACAUGAGGGAGACUCCUCAGAUGAUGAGCCCUUGUCCAAAGUAGCAAAGUCUCGUGCAGCAAAGAAAGCUUCAGCCAAUCAGAACCGAUCUAAAAAAAUCCAUACACGUAAAACAGCAGUUCUGAAUAGUUCUGAUGAUGAAGAUGAUGCUCCUCUGGUGAACUUAACGAAGAACACAACGGAGGAGAAACAGUCUGAGCAGACAGCAGGAGACUCCUCAGAUGAUGAGCCCUUGUCCAAAGUAGCAAUAACUCGCUCAUCAAAGAAAGCCUCGGCCAAUAAGAACCGUUCUAGAAGCAUCAAUACGGGGAAAAGAAGAGCAGUUCUGAACAGUUCUGAUGAUGAGGAUGAUGAAGAUGUUGUACCUCUGGGGAACGUACUGAAGAAGCUAAAGAAGAGGAAAACUUCUGAGCAGACUGCAGGUCAGACCCUCAGUUCUGAGGCUCCACAGACACAACAUGAGGGAGACUCCUCAGAUGAUGAGCCCUUGUCCAAAGUAGCAAAGUCUCGUGUAGCAAAGAAAGCUUCAGCCAAUCAGAACCAAUCUAAAAAAAUCCAUAUGCGUAAAACAGCAGUUCUGAAUAGUUCUGAUGAUGAAGAUGAUGUUCCUCUGGUGAACUUAACGAAGAACACAACGGAGGAGAAACAGUCUGAGCAGACAGCAGGAGACUCCUCAGAUGAUGAGCCCUUGUCCAAAGUAGCAAUAACUCGCUCAUCAAAGAAAGCCUCGGCCAAUAAGAACCGUUCUAGAAGCAUCAAUAUGGGGGAAAGAAGAGCAGUUCUGAACAGUUCUGAUGAUGAGGAUGAUGAAGAUGAUGUACCUCUGGGGAACGUACUGAAGAAGCUAAAGGGGGAGAAAACUUCUGAGCGGACUGCAGGUCAGAGCCUCAGUUCUGAGGCUCCGGAAACACAACAUGAGGAUGAUGAGCCCUUGUCCAAAGUAGCAAAGUCUCGUGCAGCAAAGAAAGCUUCAGCCAAUCAGAACCAAUCUAAAAAAAUCCAUACACUUCUGAAUAGUUCAGAUGAUGAAGAUGAUGUUCCUCUGGUGAACUUAACGAAGAAGACAACGGAGGAGAAACAGUCUGAGCAGACAGCAGGAGACUCCUCAGAUGAUGAGCCCUUGUCCAAAGUAGCAAAGUCUCGUGUAGCAAAGAAAGCUUCAGCCAAUCAGAACCAAUCUAAAAAAAUCCAUACACGUAAAACAGCAGUACUGAAUAGUUCUGAUGAUGAAGAUGAUGUUCCUCUGGUGAACUUAACGAAGAAGACAACGGAGGAGAAACAGUCUGAGCAGACAGCAGAUGACUCCUCAGAUGACGAACCAUUGAGCAAAUUUACAAACACUCGACCUUCAAAGAAAGAGGAGGCAAAUCCGAUCGAGUUCAAGAGCAGCCGCAGAACUAACAAAAAGAAAAAAAGAACAGGGUCUUCCAGUGACGACUCGGACUAUGAGCCGAACACAGAGUCCUCAUAUGGGAACUCUGAUGAUGAUGACGUUCCGCGGGUGAACCUGGGCAGGAAGGAGAACCAGUCCACCACCAAGACCGGCACCAAGACCAGGUCCACACCGGCCCAGAGGUCUACAUCCAAACCCCCCAAAAGGGCACCCAGGAUGCAUGCAACCGCAGCUGAGAGCUCUGAGGACGAACCUCUGCUCAACCUGUUAAAGAAGCCGCUCAAAGACGGGACAAACAAAAGUUUGUCGCAAGGGAAUGGCCAGAGGACAGAGAAGAGAGACCAAACUCCUUCGAAUAACAACCAAGGACCAUCAGAAAAGGCCAUAGUCACCAAGAAGAUGAAAAGACAAAGGGCUUGCAAUAAUGGGUUAUCGAGCGACAGCAGUGAUGACGAGCCACUGGUGAAGAUCGCCUCCAAGAGUCCUCAGGUGACCAUGCUUCUGAAGGUGAUGGUGGAGCGGUGUCCGGUUAAGGAGUUUGGGAACAGGUGUAAAGGCACAGAAAUAACUAGGACUGGUUCGUAGGGCCCGCUUAGCCUGGGUAUACCCAUUCUGCCUUGUGCGCAGCUUCAUUUUGCGCUGUCGGCUGAAGCAGAAACGACGGCUUUGAAAGAAUGAGGAAGCCUUCUACACUGGAGCAGUUCAUGUUGCAUUUUGGAAAUGUCUAGAAGUUAGUCAUAGAAAAUGUUUAAAUGUUUUUUAAAAUUCAAAAGGUUUUAAUGAUCAAAUUUUUAUUAGAUUAUUUUCUGUACCUUUUUAUUUAGAUGUAUGCAUCAUUUUAUAUAUUGUCCAUAGUUUGUCACUGAAGUUCAAGUUCAAAUGUUUUGAAAAGAAAAAUGAAGUGGAAAAUGAUUUUGUCAUUCAAAAGUAUUAAAACGACUUUCAUACAUGAUCAUUCAUGAUUCGUUUCCUGCAGCCUUCCAUUCAAAUAUAACAUGAUAUGUCACGAAGGCAUCCAACCAAGGUGAACGAAAAAGAAAAUACAAAUUUCGUCGUCCGUAGGCCUAUAUCAAUUAUUGUUGAGUGAUUCUGGGGCCAGAAAUCGUGAUGAAACUGCUACUCUCAAAUAGGGUGAAGCAAUAUUGACUGUCAAUAUUCUGACAUCCAUUUUCCAGUGGUAAUAAGCAUUCAGAGUGUCACCACCAUCAACCCUAGCACUCCCCUAGGCCAUGUCACGGUACACCACUGACACAUCGAUGGACAUUUUCAAAGCAUCUCAUCUCUGGCUGAGAUCGAGUGU